UGGAAAUCCCAACCGAAGGCGGGCGACGAAGAAGAAAAUCCUACUCUUCUGUCCAGCGGAAAUUAAAAGGCGUUGCGUUGCCCUUGCGAUAAUUUAUCUACAUAUCUCUCCCUCUGUCUCUAUUUUUUGCUUUAUAUCUUUUCCUUAAAUUAAUAAGAUUUUACAUGUGUCUUUGACUUUGUAUAUAAAAUGGCAACCGCAUAAACGUCCCUGCCUGCGAGUUUCAGAAUUUAAACCAAAACCCUAAUUUUGGCCUUCUUCUUCGCAGGGCGCAUUCAAGGUUAGAGAGGUUUGGUCAGCUUUUGUAUGUGUACUUUGUUAUGGAAGGCGUCAAUAUGCUGCUACCCCAAAAGCCUCUGACAAAAGAUGUUGAUGAUAACAAUGGUGUUCCACAUCCUUCCACCAAUGUUGAUUACCAUCUUAACAUUCUUUUAGCUUCGCAUUUGAGUAACCCAGAUCUGACACCCCAGGAGAUUGCUGAGGCCUCUAGAUCCACUGCUGCUGCUGCUGCUAUAGCUGCAAAGGCCGCCCGUGCUACCGCUUAUGAGAAAGCUGCUGCUGCUGCAAAAGCCGUUGCUGCCGCUAAGACUGCUUUAGAUUUGAUUGCCUCCUUUCCCAACCAGGGUCAGGGACUUGUCCAAGACGGUAGGGACAACAUGAAGAAGCAUGUUGCUGCUGACUUGUCCUACUCAAAGGAUGAUGACGAAUUACCCUCCUCCUUGCAACUAGGAGACGACACUCAUGGCAUAAUUCCAAAUUCCUCUUUGAGCGAGGCUCCCAUAGGCUCAAGAGAGGCGCCGAAUACAGAGCAAGCCAUUUCCAAGAGGAUGGAUUUCGAUGGCCCUGGCAUGGAGUUAGAUACCGGAUCAGCAGCGGGUGGAGAAGGGAUUCAGGUGACCAGAAAGAGGGGGCGGCCAAAGUCCAAAUGAUUUUUGCUUCUGUAAUUGUUUUUGGAGUCUAUUUGCUGCAAAUAGCCGCAAAUGCUGCUUGUAUAUCAUCAUCAAGUCCCUAGAAUGUGUGUGAGAUUUGGAGAGGCUAAUGAAAUUAUGAAAAGAAAACUCA